GAGCUGGGCAUGACGUCGCUGAUCAUCGACGUGCGGGACCACAUCGGCGGCAACUGCUACGACUACCUCGACGAGUCCGGCAUCCGCUGCUCCAAGUACGGCGCGCACCUCUUCCACACCAAGUACGAGCGCGUCUGGAAGUACGUGACGCAGUUCAGCGAGUGGAUGGCCAACGACCACCGCGUGCGCGGCAUGGUGCCCGACUUCGAGGGCACGCAGAAGCUCGUGCCCAUCCCGCCGACGCAGGCGACGGUCAACGCCCUGUUUCCCGACGCGAACAUCAAGAGCGAGGCGGACAUGGAGAAGUGGUACGAGGGCCAGCGCGUGAAGCCGCCGAGCGGCGAGGCGCAGAACGGCGAGGAGGCGGCCCUGAGCCGCGUCGGGCCGCUCCUCUACGAGCGCAUCUUCAAGCACUACACGAAGAAGCAGUGGGACAAGUACCCGGCGGAGCUCGACGCGUCCGUGCUCAUGCGCCUGCCCUGCCGCACGUCGACGGACGACCGCUACUUCGGGGACGCCUGGCAGGCGCUGCCCGUGCGGGGCUACACGCGCAUCUUCGAGAACAUGCUGCUGCGGGACCCGCGCGUGACCGUGAAGCUCAACGUCGACUUCUUCGACGCGCGGGCCAAGGGCCUGCUGCCCCAGUUCGGCACGCUCGUCUACACGGGGCCCAUCGACUCCUACUUCGCCGCCCAGGGCCUGCCGAAGCUCGAGUACCGGUCGCUCCGCUUCGAGGAGGAGUACGUCGACGACCCGGAGGACGGCUUCUUCCAGGAGGCCUUCGUCGUCAACCACCCGUCGGCGGACGUGCCCUUCACGCGCAUCGUCGAGUACAAGCACGUGCCGAACCAGCCGCUGGCCGUGAAGCGCGGCCUCGUCAAGGGCACGCGCAUCGCGCGCGAGUACUCGUCGGCCGAGGGCGACCCCUACUACCCCGUGCCCAACCCGGAGAACCGGGCGCUCUACGAGCGCUACCGCGCCCUCGCCGAGAAGGAGGACACGGUCUGCUUCGUCGGCCGCCUCGCGUCCUACAAGUACUUCAACAUGGACCAGGCGAUCCUCAACGCGCUCGAGAUCUACGACUCGCUCAAG